UUGCAUGAAAAGUGAAAGGCUAACUGUGGCAGAGCAAAUGAAGUUCUGUGCUUUGCUCAAAAACGUCCCAGCAAGCAGUGUCGAUUCAGAGGUGGAAUCGUUUCUGGAACGUUCCGGUCUGUCGUCGAAAGGAUGCGAAUUCUUUGAGAAUCUUUCAGGCGAAUUUUAUGUUCUUACGCAAAUUGCCGUAUCGCACGCAAUUGGGUUACUUUUUUCAGGAGGUAUGCAACGCAAAUUAUCGAUCAUGUUCGCUUUUAUUGGACAGUCAAAGACGGUAGUUUUGGAUGAACCAACGGCCGGCGUUGACCCUUACUUUCGGCGUUCCAUCUGGAAACUAAUUUUGGAACAGAGAACAGGAAGAACGGUUAUUCUCUCCACCCAUUUCAUGGACGAGGCUGAUUUUCUUGGCGACCGUAUCGCGAUCAUUUCCGACGGCAAACUGCAGUGUGCAGGUUCCAGCAGUUUUUUGAAAAAGCGUUUUAGUCCUGGCUUCUACCUAACGUGUGUGAACGCUCUACCGGUCAUCGAGAACGAAGCCGAGCCGUCGCCAAUUUGCGCUAGCCAGAAGGCAUCUGCCAUGAAACGAAACGAUAACCUGAUCAGGUUCGUUUUCGAACACCUGCCUCAAUCCAGCGUGACCGAAGCGUUUGGUCAAGAAAUACGCUUUCUGAUUCCGACCGAUGACCUCAGGUCUCUUCGUGAUUUCUUUGUUGAUUUCGAUUCCAAGCUUCGACAGCUUGGCGUCAUCACCUAUGGACUGUCAGAAAGCAGUCUUGAAGAGGUAGCGAGCGCAUGUUAUUUAAAUUGUUCUCCUUCAGUGAUUUGGACUUAAGA